AUGGAUGAUGACUUCCUCUUGGGAUUGGGCGAGCUUCCGGAAACAUUCCCGUCGGAUCCGCCCGAGCCCCUCCCCCACUUCCUGAUGGAGCCUGAGGACGCUUACAUUGUCAAAAACAAACCUGUCAAUCUUUACUGCAAGGCCACACCCGCCACCCAGAUCUACUUCAAAUGUAACAGUGAGUGGGUCCAUCAGAGAGAGCACGCAGUGGAGGAGAGAGUGGAUGAAACCUCAGGCCUGGUGGUGAAGGAGGUGAGUAUAGAGGUGGCGCGGCAGCAGGUGGAGGAACUCUUUGGACUGGAGGAUUACUGGUGUCAGUGUGUGGCCUGGAGCUCAGCAGGGACCACCAAGAGCCGCAAGGCCCACGUGCGCAUCGCCUAUCUCAGGAAAACGUUUGAACAGGAGCCGUUGGGGAAGGAGGUGUCUCUGGAGCAGGAAGUUCUUCUGCAGUGUCGACCACCUGAGGGAAUACCUGCCGCUGAGGUGGAGUGGCUGAAGAAUGAGGAGGUGAUCGACCCUGCUGCUGACCGAAACUUCUACAUCACCAUCGACCACAACCUCAUUAUUAAACAGGCCCGCCUGUCAGACACCGCCAACUACACCUGCGUCGCCAAGAACGUCGUCGCCAAGAGACGCAGCACCACGGCAACCGUCAUAGUAUAUGUCAACGGUGGUUGGUCCACAUGGACAGAGUGGUCUGCGUGUAACAGUCGCUGUGGGCGGGGAUUCCAGAAACGUACACGCAGCUGCACCAAUCCAGCGCCUCUAAAUGGGGGAGCUCCCUGUGAUGGACAGGCCAUCCAGAAACUGGCCUGCACUUCACAAUGCACAGUGGAUGGCGUGUGGACAGAGUGGAGUAAGUGGUCCUCCUGUGGAACAGAGUGUAGUCAGUGGCGCAGACGUGAGUGCAACGCCCCAGCACCCAAAAACGGCGGGAAAGACUGUGAGGGAUUCGUACUACAGUCCCAGAACUGUACCAGUGGACUCUGUCUACAAACUGCCCCGAGUUCGGAUGGUGUGGCUCUGUAUGUUGGUGUCGUCAUUGCAGUUCUCUUAUGUCUGCUCAUCUCCGUCAUCGUUGCGUUGUUCAUCUAUCGUAAAACUCACCACAGCUUCCACACAGAGAUCCAGCCGGUCAACAUCAAAACAGCCCGCUCAGCAGAUAUGCUAAGUGCCCCUCCAGACCUGACUAAUGCAGGUGCGCUGUACCGUGGUCCAGUUUACGCCCUGCACGAUGUGGCCAAUAAAAUCCCCAUGACUAACUCUCCCCUGCUGGAGCCACUCCCCAACCUGAAAAUCAAAGUCUACAACUCCUCUGACCUGGUGACCCCUCAGGACGACCUCUCUGACCUCUCCUCCAGACUGUCUCCCAGCUCCGCACCCUCCCCGCCAGAUGGCGUUAACAUGCCGGGUCAAAUGCUCGCUCGCUCACGUGACCCCACCUGCACCGCCCACGGAUCAUUCAACUCACUGGGGGGUCACCUUAUUGUCCCCAACUCAGGUGUUAGCUUGUUGGUGCCAGCUGGAGCCAUCCCUCAGGGCCGUGUGUAUGAGAUGUAUGUGACAGUGCAGAGGGCAGAGAGCACGAGGCCGUCAGUGGGGAGAGAUGAGGCCAUGUUGAGUCCAGUGGUGAGCUGUGGCCCCCCCGGCGCCCUCCUCACGCGGCCCGUCAUUCUGACUCUCCACCACUGUGCCGACUCUCACACACACGACUGGCAGAUUCAGCUCAAGAGUCAGCGCCAGCACAGCCAAUGGGAGGACGUGCUGGUGGUGGGUGAGGAGAACCUGUCCCCAGUGUGUUAUGUUCAGAUGGAUUCGGAGUCGUGUCACAUCGUGACGGAGUGUGUGUCUUCGUACUGCCUGCUGGGUCGACCUGUGAGCCCAAACACAGCCAAGAGAGUGCGACUGGCCCUGUUUGGACCCAUUCACUGCUCCUCACUGGACUACUACAUCAGACUGUACUGUCUCAGUGACACACAGGACGCACUCAAGGAGGCUCUGUUGAAGGAGAAGCAGAUCGGGGGAAUGCUGUUGGAUGAACCAAAGAGUCUGUGUUUCAAGAACAGUGGACACAACCUGCGUCUGUCCGUCCACGAGCUCCCGCCCAACCUGUGGAAGAGCAAACUGCUCGCCAAGUACCAGGAGAUUGCAUUCUCCCAGGUGUGGAGUGGGAGCCAGAGAAUGCUACAUUGCACCUUUAGCCUUGAGCGCUACAGUGCUAGCAUCACCCAGCUCACCUGUAAACUGUGUGUGAGACAGGUGGAGGGGGAGGGGCAGAUCUUCCAGCUCAACACCCCUCUGACUGAGGACGGUCCGAGUAUUGACACAUCCCUGAUGGAUCCUAGCAGUAAUAUCACUGCACUGGUUGGACCAAGCGCCUUCCGAAUCCCUCUCUCCAUCCGACAGAGACUGUGUGGAAGUUUGGACGCUCCGCACACACGCGGGAACGACUGGAGGAUACUGGCACACAAACUCAAUCUGGACAGAUGUCUGAACUAUUUUGCGGCGACGUCGAGUCCGACAGGUGUGAUUCUUGACCUCUGGGAGGCUCAGCACUUUCCCGACGGCAACCUGAACCAACUGGCCGCCAUCUUAGAGGAGAUGGGUCGUCAUGACAGCACAACAUCCACCACAGCAACUGAACAGCGAACAGGCGAAAACUGA